AAAACCCAACAAAAACCCUAAACACCAAAAACUGAAAGAAGAGCAUAACAGAAGCCAAUGGGGAAGGGGAAGGUAAAGGGAAAGCACCGCUUGGACAAGUACUACCGCCUAGCCAAAGAGCACGGCUACCGCUCGCGUGCCUCAUGGAAGCUGCUCCAGCUCGACGCCAAGUUCUCCCUCCUCCGCUCCUCCCACGCCGUCCUCGACCUUUGCGCCGCCCCCGGCGGAUGGAUGCAGGUGGCCGUCCAGCGUGUUCCAGUCAGCAGCCUCGUCCUCGGCGUCGACCUCGUCCCCAUCGCCCCCAUCCGCGGCGCCCUCGCUAUCGAGCAGGACAUCACCAAGCCUGAGUGCCGCUCUCGCAUCAAGCACAUCAUGGCCGAGCGCGGCUGCCCCGCCUUCGACCUGGUAUUGCACGACGGCUCGCCCAACGUUGGUGGAGCCUGGGCCCAGGAGGCCAUGACCCAGAACGCGCUUGUCAUCGAUGCGGUCAAGUUGGCCACGCAGUUCUUGGCUCCAAAAGGCACUUUUGUCACCAAAGUUUUCAGGUCACAAGACUACAGUUCCGUUGUAUACUGUCUCAAGCAGUUAUUUGAAAAAGUUGAGGUGGAUAAGCCAGCAGCUAGUCGUUCUGCAUCUGCAGAGAUAUAUGUUUUGGGUCUUAAGUACAAGGCCCCUGCAAAGAUUGAUCCCCGCCUUCUUGAUGUGAAGCAUUUAUUUCAGGGAUCCAUAGAACCACAGCGGAAGGUAGUGGAUGUACUUAGAGGAACGAAGCAAAAGAGACACCGUGAUGGGUACGAGGAUGGAGAUACAACUUUGAGGAAAGUGUCCUCGGCUGCAGAUUUCAUUUGGUCUGAUACUCCUCUUGAGAUCCUUGGUUCUGUUACUUCCAUAACCUUUGAUGAUCCAGCUUGUUUGACGAUUAAGGAUCAUGAAUUAACAACAGAAGAGGUUGAAACUCUUUGUGAUGAUCUGGGUGUUCUGGGGAAGCAAGACUUCAAGCAUCUAUUGAAGUGGCGGCUGCAGAUAAGAAAGGCCCUAUCUCCUACACAAAAGGUGAAUUCUACAACUACCACAGAUGUUGAAAAUGAGAAUAAGGAGGAUGAAGAUGAUAGAAUGCUUAAUGAAAUGGAGGAGCUGACAUAUGCUAUGGAGCGUAAGAAGAAAAGAGAACAUAAGCUUCUUGCAAAAAGACGUGCUAAGGACAAGGCACGGAAGGCAACUGGGAUGCAAAUAGAUGCAACGGAAGAUGGUUAUACUGAUCUUGAGUUGUUUUCUCUUUCUUCCAUCAAGGGUAAGAAAGAUCUGGUAGCAGUUGAUGAUUAUGAUGAUGCAAAUGGUGGCUUGAAGGAUCAUGAAAAUGAAGAUACCCAUGAUGUGACACAAGAGCAUUCAUCCACUGAUAUCGACACUGAUGAAGAACGCAGAAGAUAUGAUGAACAAAUGGAAGAGUUUCUUGAUCAGGCAUAUGAACGAUUUGUGGCAAAAAAGGAGGGAAGCACAAAGCAGCGUAAGCGUGCAAAACAAGCCUAUUCUGAAAAUUUGGAGGAUGGUGAUGGCGAUGAUAUUAUUCAGUCCGAUAAUGAUUCAGACAGAGAUCAGGGUGAUCAGGAGAAGAAUCCUCUCAUGGUACCACUUGAUGAAGAAGUGCAAACUCGAGAGGAAAUUACAAACAAGUGGUUCAGUCAGGAUAUCUUUGCUGAAGCUGUAGAAGAGGGAGAUUUGGGGGAUGAUAGUGAUAAUGAAAUGCAGGUAGAUAGGCAGGAGGAAAAACUUUCUAUCCCAAAAAAGUCCGAGGAAAAGGCAGUUAACCCGACUGCAGGGUCUGAUCUCCCUAAACUAAAAGCUUCUAAGGCAGAUGAUGAUUAUGAGGUAGUCCCUGCCCCAGGUACAGAUUCAAGUGAUGACUCAUCCUCAGAUGAAUCAGAGGAUGAAGAUGUUUAUAGAAAAGCCGAGAUAUUGGCUUGUGCAAAGAAGAUGCUGCGGAAAAAGCAAAGGGAGCAGAUGCUGGAUGAUGCCUACAAUAAGUACAUGUUCCAUGACGAUGGCUUGCCUAGCUGGUUUUUGGAUGAGGAAAGGAGGCACCGCCAACAAAUUAAGCCUGUGACCAAGGAGGAGGUUGCUGCAAUCAGAGCACAGUUCAAAGAAAUUGAUGCCCGGCCUGCAAAGAAAGUUGCGGAGGCCAAAGCCCGGAAGAAGCGUGUUGCUCAGAGGAAGCUUGAAGGGGUUCGCAAGAAGGCAAACAUGAUAUCAGACCAAGCAGACAUCAAUGAUCGCUCGAAGAGGAAGCAAAUUGAACAACUAUAUAAGAAAGCUACGCCCAAAAGACCUAAAAAGGAACUUGUGGUUGCCAAGAAAGGCGUUCAAGUGAAGGCUGGCAAGGGUAAAGUCUUGGUUGAUCCACGGAUGAAAAAAGAUAAGAGAACCCGUGGCAUGGGUGGUAAGCCAGGAAAAGGCGGGAAGGGAAAGAACGUCAAAGCCCAGAAAGGUAAAGGAGCUCAGAAAGGUAAAGGAUCUCAGAAUUCAUCGGCGAAGAAGGGGAAAAGAGGAAAAAAGAUGGGCAUGCAUGAUUGAGCUUUGCUAAAUUCACGAAGAAGUUGGUUGCUGCUCCUUACUAUUUUGUUUUUAUCGUCAUUGCUUUUUUUUUUUUUUCUUAAAAAAAAAUUUUGUUUGUGAUUCAGUUGGCAAAGGGCUUUCUUAGAGCUGUGGCAAGCUUUGUUUCUUUUUGUAGAAAUUGGGAAUAAUAUUUAUUUGUGGUUACUUUUUGCUCAGCUGUUAAUCGUCCUUCAACAAUCGGCAAUUGAUUGAGAUUUGAAGCAUGUGAAAACAAA